AUGCGAGAACUGGCCAUCGAGAUCGGGGUCCGAGCCCUGCUUUUCGGGGUCUUCGUUUUUACGGAGUUUUUGGAUCCAUUCCAGAGAGUCAUCCAGCCGGAGGAGAUCUGGCUCUAUAAAAAUCCUUUGGUGCAGUCAGACAACAUACCUACCCGCCUCAUGUUUUUGCCUUUUCAGGACUUGGCUUCACGACGUUUUACUUGGCUGGCAAGCUGCACUGCUUCACCGAGAGUGGGCGGGGGAAGAGCUGGCGGCUCUGUGCUGCCAUCCUGCCCCUGUACUGCGCCAUGAUGAUCGCCCUGUCCCGCAUGUGCGACUACAAGCAUCACUGGCAAGAUUCUUUUGUUGGUGGAGUCAUUGGCCUCAUUUUUGCCUACAUUUGCUAC